AUGGCUCAAGAACCCACAAUCCACGAGAUCUUUGAGCCGGUGACAGGCACAUGGCAGUACAUCGUUGCCGACCCCUCAACCAAAGCCGCCGUAAUCAUCGACUCUGUCUUGGAUUUCGAUCCGGCAAAGAACGCCAUCUCUAUACAAACAGCCGACGGCCUUCUUGAUGUGGUAAAAAAGAAUGGCUACCAAGUUGUCAAUAUCCUAGAGACACACGUCCACGCCGACCACUUGACGGCAUCCAAAUAUCUGCAGUCCCGGCUGCGGGAGGCUCAGGAUGGCGCGGCCCCCGAUAUCUGCAUUGGCAGGCGGAUCGGAGUCGUACAAGAGAGGGUCGCUGAGAAAUAUGGCAUCUCCAAAGACGAGUACGCCAAUGCCUUCGACCGGCUACUUGACGACGACGAGAUCUUCGAGAUUGGAGAGCUCAAGGCCAAGGCUAUCCAUCUGCCGGGUCAUACGCCCGACCACAUGGGUUACAUGAUCGAAGCCAACGUCUUUGCGGGCGACUCCCUCUUCAACCACGACGUCGGGUCCGCACGAUGCGACUUCCCCGGCGGCAACGCCCGCGACCUCUUCGCGUCGGUGCGCCGGCUGCUCGAUCUCCCAGAGACCACCAAGAUCUGGACGGGCCACGAUUACCCGCCGGCCCACCGCGGGCCCCUGGCGGCGACGGAGGUCGCGAGGCAAAAGAUGGAGAACAAGCACCUCGCGCAGAACGUGACGGAGGAGGACUUUGUCAAGUGGCGCGAGGAGAGGGAUUCGGGGCUCGGCGAGCCUAGGCUCAUGCACUGGGCGCUGCAGGUUAACGUGAGGGCUGGGAAUAUGCCGAGUCCGACCAAGGCUGGGGAUCGCUUGUUGCAUGUGCCUGUCAAGAUGCAGGGUGUGACUUGGUGA